AUGGCUACAAUAAAAGAAGAUGGUAUACAUGUAAUCGUUGUUGGCUUGGGGAUUGCUGGUUUAGCCACGGCCAUCGAGUGCCGGGAGAAAGGCUACUCGGUCACAGCAUAUGAAAAGACAGACAUCCUGAAGCCUGUUGGUGACUGCGUUGGAAUCGGAAGUAACGGAUCACGAAUCAUCGGACGCUGGGGCAAUGGCACCGUUCGCGACGAACUCAGUCCGUGGCGUAACACCGCCAAAGUAAUCAAUAUAUACAACGGUCAAGGCAGGAAAAUUCUACAACAAGAUCUGUCAGAAGUGUGUAAAGAGAUCAACUAUCUGAUCCCUCGCGCUCAGCUGCUCCAGACCAUGUACAACCAUGCACAGCGGAUUGGCGUCAAGCUAUAUCUCGGCCAGGACGUGACCGACACCUGGGAGACAGAUACUCAGGCUGGCGUGGUAGUUGAUAAUGAGCGGAUAUCAGCGGAUUGUGUCAUCUGCUGUGAUGGUGUACACAGUAAGCGACGUCUCGCCAUCACUGGAGAGAAUCUGGCCACCCGACCAUCUGGGUAUGCGGCGUUUCGUGCUCUGAUUGACGGUGAGAAGAUAGCGGCAGACCCUGAGGCGCGCUGGAUUAUUGAGACCAGCGAAGCCGAAGAUCGAUUUGACGUGUUCUUUGUGAAUGGAGCGCAGAUAGCCCUGCAAACCUCAAAUCGUGGCAAGGAAGUCACUUGGUUCUGUAUCCACACCGACACUCGUCCAUUGCUAGACUCCUGGACUUCACCAUCCAAUCCACAGGAAGUGACUGAUCUCAUGAAAAAGUGGGCGGUUGGAGAUCGUUUAUUGUCGGUGAUCCGUCACACGCCCGAAAACAAGUUCAUCAACUAUCCACUCUUCGAGCGUGAGCCCUUACCGACUUGGACCUCCCAUGGAGGUCGAAUUAUCUUAGCUGGUGAUGCUGCACAUCCACUUUCGCCUGCAGCUGGCCAAGGUGCCUCACAGGGAAUCGAGGAUGCGGCGGUGAUUGCCGUUUGUUUGCGACUCGCUGGCAAAAGCCAAGUUCCACUGGCAUUGCGAGUGGCAGAGAAGAUCCGGUAUAACAUCCAGUUCGUACUCAUGAGCGAUCAAAACAACGAGGCCUGGCGCCAGCGGGACUGGGAUGCCUUCGAAGAAGACGAGACAAAGAUAGCUACUGUGCCCCUUGAGGAAUGGGUCUAUGGUCAUGAUGCUGAGGCACAUGCCCGCAGUGAGUUUUCGGGACUUGCGGAGGAAAUCCGUAAGGUUCCUAUGCCCAUAGGGCGUGCACCUGAAGUGGGACUCACAGCAGCAGCAAGAUGA